UUCCAUUAAAAACAACCAAACGAAAUAACAAUAAGAUUGAAAAAAACAAUAAGUGAAGCACUUCUUUCGGCCUAAAAACAAUUUAUGUCUUUUCUGUACACAUGAUUAAGAACAGGUGUCACAGAUUAUGAGUGGGAAGAUCAAACGACUGGGUUGCUUUUCAGUUUUGCGUACCAAUAUCUUCCAUUUCUGGAAUUAAGAUCACCAACGAUAUUUUGUAAUGGAUUAGCUUAAUGACACGUGUAGUUUUGUUCAUAUCAUAUUUUUAUGAGAAGCUAGAGUAAAAACGCUAUUUGUAAAUGGGAGUUCCUUUUUAAGUCCGUAAUGCUAAAAAGCUGUGGGACCGUUGAUAAAGUAGACCAGGAAGAAUGUGAAGAGGAAGGAAGUGGCACCGUGGAAAACGUUGAGAAUAAAGCAGAGGAAUCGUUUGUCGGUACUAGUCCUAUAAGUGCUCAUAACUCAGUGAGCUACAAUCCUCCAAAAAACGGUUUGAUCGCUUCUGCAUUAGAAAUACCUAACUCUGUGUGCCUGUCAUUUGAACAUGUAGAUCCUAUGCUCCAAAGCAAUUCCCCUCCUUGUUCGAUCAAAAAUACAAUUCCUCAAGAUGAGAAACAUUCAGGGUUAUUCACAAAUAUCAAAAAUGACUUAUCCACUGAUCAUGGAUUAGAAUUUAAUAAAAGUGAAAACCAGGAGCAAUGUGACAAACUGAUGGAUUUACCAAAUGGUCCCAAGCAAUACAAUGAAGUCCUUAUUGAUGGAUUUGCUAUUUUAUCUUUUAAAACAAUGGAUGAUAUGCUGGAAUUCACUAAACUAGACGAAUCACAAAAUCCUGGAAUGAACCCCACUAUUGAACAAACCUAUAAACGAGCGCGUCGAUGUGGUAUGCCAAAACUUAAACGAACAAAAGCAUUUCUCAAGCAGACACUCUCACAGACAUCUACAUCAAAUGAUUUACUUCGUCAUCGCCGACAUCAUCACCAUCAUCAUAAUCAUAGUCACUACCACUUUAAUAAUAUUCAUCAACAUCCAGCAUUGUGUGCUUAUAAAUCGCAUUGUGAUACCAAUCAUAUGUCGUCUACCAUACAUUUAUCACCGAAUCACGAAAAAGAUACCAAGUCAAUAGUAAAUACUACUAUUACUGAUGGUAUUAGUAAACUUUCUUCCAUACAGCCUAAUAAUAAUAGUAAUGGUAAUAGUAAUAAGCAUUAUCAUCAUCGUUCAUAUGAAGUAAACAAUAGUACUAGUCUUCAUGAAGAAACUAAUCAUAAUGAUGUUCACUAUCGAGAUGAUGAAACUCCCACUCCUCCUCUUCAUCAUCAUAAUCCUUAUUGUUUUACACUUAAUCUAUCAACUCAUACAAUUGCAACAUCAAAUUCUCCUAUUGAUAACACGUUGAUAUCUUCAAAUCGGUCUCAUCAUCAUAGUCAUAAUCAUUCCUCAUUGACUACAAUGCCUAAAAAAGAACAUAGGUAUUCACAAGAAAGUAUUCAAUCCCCACCGGAAUAUACUUCAAUGAUAAGUCCAAAAAAUCAUUCUAUUGGAAAUAAUAUUACAUCUUCAUCAUCACCACCACCACAAGAUUAUCGUUCAAUGUCGGUACCAGGGAUAUGGAGUUCGCGAACCAAGCCGGAUAUUAUUUCACCGCAAAAAACUGACAAGAUAACAUAUGGUAACAGUUGUGAUACUGAUAGUGUUAAAAUAAUGCCAAAGAUUUCUGUUCCAUCUGAAAAUCUUAAACGAUCCGACUCAAUCAAUAGUAGUAAAUCUCAUUGUCAUCAAUUUAGUGUAGCCGCUCUAACUGAUGAAGUUAUGCAUUCCUCUGCUCAAUCAGAAGAAUCCAAGUCACAACCUACUAUUAUAUCCAAAUCUCCAAAACAUCCAAGUGGUAAAAAGCGAACUUACAGAAAAUCAGAACAACGUGAUAUCGUAAAUACCGUAUCCGAUAAAUAUUCACAUCGUCGUAAUGAAUAUGAUAAAUCUUUUGCGUAUUCCAAAUUUGACAAUUCUACACGUGUAAACCGGUGCACAGGUGUAGAUAACAAUGGUAGCAAUAAAUCUUGGAAUUCAGCAAUUAACGAUUCGUUAAAAGGAGCAUUAUACUUUCCUACAACUGUUGGUACGAAUCAUAAUUGUGAACGAAUACAUGAAACGGUUUCAAAAUAUUCUCCAAUGACCAAUCAUAAUUUUAAUUCGACACCAUUUUCUUUACGUAAUCCAGCUGAUUCUCUUCCUGCUCAUUCAUAUCUACCACCAAGAGGAUUACAAGAACCUACAAGUUGUGGUUCACAGAUCAGACCUCUGUCAUCAUCAUCUGCACACGUAGCACCACCUUCAGUCCCAUCAUCAAUAUGCUCGAACUCAUUUUUUUCACAUCAAAAUUUAUUAAAACAGUUUAUGGGUAUUGAUUCAGAAACUGCUAAUCAAUUACUCAAUGAUCCACGUUUUAUGGAAUUGUAUGCGCUUACUAUGGCUACUCUAAGUAAUAAUGUUGAUGGUGUUCCUGACUCCAUAUUACCACCACCAGUGUCACGAAUUUCUUUGCCUAAUCAUGCCAAUACCAUAAUAUCAACAUCGGUUAACAGUGGUAAUCAAAAUAAUAAUUCUUGUAGUCGAUUUAAAAAUGGAAAUACUGUAGGACAUUUACGAACAACUGAUCCUUCACAAUUCGGAGAAACAUCGUUAUCUCAUUGUGGACAACAAGUCAAUUUAUCCGGCAUUCAAAACAAAUUAUAUCCCUAUAGCAAUAUGAUGAUGCUUGGUACUAAUCGUCCCCCACUAGCCCCUAGUACUGUUCCACAAUCUUCACAGACCACAUCUAGUUCGUCUAUAAACCGUCUUAUCCCACCAAAUGCAGAAUCAUUGUCAAUUAGUCAACUACAAACUGAUCGAUCUCAGGCUGUAUUAGCUGCAGCUUACGCUGAUCGUGAAUUCGUAACAUCAAAUUCAACACUGGGUAAACUGAAAUUAUCUUCUCAAGGUAUAAUGAUCAAUAGUGGUAGUGAUCGCAAUAAUAAUUCAACUGUACCAAGUUCAUUAGUCAGUUCAUUACAAUCUACAACAAAUAUCAAUUGUCUGUCUGACAGUUAUAAUAGAAAUGCCCAACAUUUCAAUAUGCCACCUAAUCCAAUCAUACAACGUCAUCAUCAUUUAAGUUCUAUGCCUCAGUCAUCUAUCGGUACAUUAGAAUCAUCAUCUACUCUGCAUAAUUCCAAGUCAAAUUCCAUAAGUUCCAAUCUUUCUUGUUCCUUAUCAUCAGAUUCAAUGAUGAAUAAAAAUUUCGGUUCUUUCCCUUUCAAACUCUUUAAUGGCGAUCUACACAAUCCUGUCUCGUCGUCUUCGUCCUCAUCGUUGUCUACACACAAUGAUCGUAAUAUCAUGAUGGGAUUGCAUAAACCAGAAUAUAUGCCAUCAGAAUCGGUGCUUCGCCCUAAUUUUCCACCUCCUCUUCAAUUAAUACCACCACCACUCCCUCCAAAUAUACCUCCGGAAUUUUUAAAAUCAUUUCUUGUACCUGAUUCUUCAUCAUCAUUAUUUCCGGGUCCCAAAGUUAACGUUACUCUAAACUCAUCAUUUUUGCCUUCCAAUCCAAACUUACAAUCCACACAACCGUUGUAUUCCCCUAUGAGAGUUAAUCACCCUAAUCGAUCGGAUAAAACUAAUUAUAAUGGUAUUCUACACCGUCCAGUUCAUGGAGAUAAGCUUUAUGGACGUUGGGCUGACGCACAUAUUCGUAUCGCUCUGUUUAUCCAACAUUGUAAAUCAUCUACUCAAGGAUUACAAUCAUCUCCGGUUAUAUCCUCAAUAUUUUCAACAUCUAGAUUACCAAUUCGUCCUAUGGUUAAACGUUUGAGCCUAGGUGUACAUUCCUCUAUGCCUUCUUCCAUGACUAGUGGACCUGUAAAUUAUAAUUCAAGUAAAAUAAAUAUUGAAUCAGUGAAUAACAAUCGAUCAACUCAGCCGCCGCCACUAAGACCUCCUUCUCUUCUUCCUUCACAACUUCAUAAUCCUAUUAAUUCAGUGAACAGUAAUAAUAAUAAUAAUAAUAAUAAUAAUAAUAAUAAUAAUAAUAAUAAUAGCGGUCCUUCAAUUCCUAGUAGUAUAACCUCUGAUAUAUCAUUUUGGGGACAUUUAUUUAAUGAAUUUAUGAAUAAUCUAUCAAAGGAAUUUCUAAAUAGUAUAUCAGACUGUAAAGAUACUCAACUAGCAACAUUACAAAACUUUUAUUCUCAAAUGUCACAAAUGAAUAAUUCUGUAUUAAAUGGAGGUUCUUUCCCGAAAUCAACAGAUUUUUCUUUUCUCAAUUCAACAGUAUCAUCGUCAUCUAUGGCUAACAAUAGUAAUAAUAACAAUUGUUCACCAGUUCCAUCAGCAUCAAAUAUUGCCGGCUUCAACUUUCCAUUAAUUACUCAAUCUUUCAAUUCCCUUUCUUCUUCCUCCUGUUCUUCUUCUUCUUCUGCUACUACUACUACUACUACUACUACUACUACGAGUGUUCGACCAACUGUUCUUCCUUCAUCUCCUGCUCUUAUGAAUUUUUCAUCGUCAACAAAUGUUUUUAAUAAUAAUGAUUUAAAACGAAGACGAACUGAUUCUUCUUCAAGUAGCAUGGAUAUUAAUAAUUUGCCAUUUCCAAUGCGUUUUCCUAAUUCUUUUCCUCGACCACCGACUAUUCAUAAUUAUGUGCCUCAUCAGCAUUCUUCCCUUCAUUCUGGAUCAUCAAUACCACCACCUCCAGCACAUUCCGAUAUGAUAAAUGUAGCCGCCGCUGCUAGUUUAUUAAAUGGAUUUCGAUUGCCUGAAACCUUUUUAAAUCAUUUCCCACAUCCUAUACAGUUAUCAUCGGUGUCAAGUGGUUCUUCUUUGAAUGAUAGAAAAAACACCAGGUCAUCCAAUACUACUACCGGUACUAUUACGACUUCCAGUAAUUCAUCACAUUUAAUUCCGAUCAAUCCUUGGUGAUUUUAAUCACAUUGUUUGUCUAUUUUUCUCCCGAUCAAUAGUUUAUAACUUGUUUCAAAAUGGUGAUUUUAUUGUUAUUAGCUAAUUCAAUCCUAGUGAAGAGAAGAUAGGUAUGUGAUUACGAUUAUGUUGAUAGUGUAUGUGUAUGAGUGUGGGAGAGGUAGGUGCAAACAAAAAAGGAUCAGUUUUCAUUUCAAUUCUUCCUUUCAUUUAAUUGUGUUCUUUUACUUUUCCUUUGUUUAUUUAUUCAAACAUGCAGAGAUUUACUUUCGCUA